CCUCGUCCCACCGCAGUCGUAUGAGUGGGCAAAAAGGGGACAUGGCCGUAUAAGCGGUGCAGCAUGCCCAGCUGCUUGGUCCUCUGCUUUAGAUAAUCCGCCGGCGAAAUUCAAUCCUACUCUGGACGUGACAGACUCAUACUGCCAGGACCUCACUCGCGGCAGCAGCUCUUUCUCGUUCGGCCCUACUGACCAGGGGGGGCCAUUUGCCUGAUCCUAACAAAGGCAACCCAAGCUCGUGGGAGACGGUAAGAAAGGUUGGGGAAGCGGCACAGCGCAGUGGCAAGGGAGAAGAGAGAAACAUAAAAGCGACAGCGCCCCCCUGACAAUUGAUUGCUACCUCAGUCUUUUUCUUCUUCUUUCCCCUCAUCCCUCUCAUCUCUAUUCGAUAGUCCCUCGUACAACGGGGCGUUGUUGAGGAAUUCAAGAAAAACCACAAUCUCCCACUGAAGAAGCUGGUGUGGCCAAAGGGCUGCAGACAACCGUCGCAAUGGGCGAAAAGAACGAGACUCAGGUUCAUGAUGAGCCGGACCAUGGCGAACUUAGAACCGCCGUCGUCACCGGCAAUGAGGCCUUUGCCGAGGCCAUGAUCAAGGAGCCGCCCAAUGCUUACACCCAGGCUCAGUUCUUCAUCUACUUCUUCUCCCUCAUUGCCUUCUUCUGCAGUACCAUGAACGGUUACGAUGGUUCCCUCAUCAACAAUCUCCUGCAGAACCCCUGGUUCAAGGCAAAGUACCAUGUCGAAAACGACGGCAUCUGGGCUGGUAUCGUCUCCUCCAUGUACCAGAUCGGUGGUGUUGCCGCCCUUCCUUUUGUCGGUCCCACCAUUGAUGGCUUCGGUCGUCGAAUUGGUAUGCUAUCUGGCGCCAUUUUCAUCAUUGUCGGCACCAUUAUCCAGGGCGUUGGCAACCAGCAGGGCCAGUUCAUGGGCGGACGAUUCUUGCUUGGAUUCGGUGUCUCUCUCGCUGCUGCUGCUGGUCCCAUGUACGUGGUUGAGAUUAACCACCCUGCAUACCGUGGCCGUGUUGGCGCCAUGUACAACACCCUCUGGUUCUCCGGUGCCAUUCUUGCUGCCGGCGCCGCUCGAGGCGGACUCAACACUGGAGGCGACUUCUCCUGGCGACUCAUUGUCUGGCUCCAGGCCCUCUUCUCUGGUCUCAUCAUCAUCUUCGUCAUGUUCCUUCCCGAAUCCCCCCGAUGGCUCUACGUUCACAACAAGAAGGAACAGGCCAAGGCCAUCCUCACAAAGUACCACGGCAACGGCAACCCCGACUCUCCCUGGGUCACUCUUCAGCUCUUUGAGUACGAGCAGCUCCUCAACCAGGACGGUGCUGACAAGCGCUGGUGGGAUUACCGGGCUCUUUUCCGCAACCGUCCUGCCGUCUACCGUCUCUGCUGCAACCUUGCUGUGACCAUCUUCGGUCAGUGGGCUGGCAACGCUGUCUUGUCCUACUUCCUCGGCUCUGUCCUCGAUACUGCCGGCUACACUAGUACCAUUGCCCAAGCCAACAUUACCCUCAUCAACAACUGCCAGCAGUUUGCAUGGGCUAUUCUGGGUGCUUUCUUGGUAGACAAGGUCGGCCGUCGGCCUCUGCUGCUCUUCUCCUUCACUGCCUGUACCGUAGUCUGGCUGGGCAUGACCGUUGCUUCAUCGCGGCUCGCAGCAUCCCAGGACGGCGUCGACUCCAGCGGCAACCCCAUCUUCACCAACCCCUCUGCAUCCAAGGCUUCUCUGGCUAUGAUUUUCAUCUUUGGCGCCGUCUACUCUGUCGGAAUCACUCCCCUGCAGGCCUUGUUCCCCGUCGAGGUGCUCUCCUUCGAGCAGCGUGCCAAGGGUAUGGCCUUUUCCAGUUUUGCCACCAACGCUGCUGGUCUCCUGAACCAGUUCGCUUGGCCAGUAUCCAUGAAGAACAUUGGCUGGAAGACGUACAUUGUCUUUACCAUCUGGGAUGCUGUUCAAGUCGUUGUCGUCUACUUUUUGAUCCCCGAGACUAAGGGACGCACUUUGGAAGAGCUCGACGAAAUCUUUGAGGCCCCCAACCCAGUCAAAGCAUCGACAUCGAAGAAGGCCGUUGCUGUGGACGACCACGGUGGCAUCAUUAAUAUCGAGAAGGUCUAAACGUGGGGGUACGGAACAAAUACGUGCCACGAAGGAUUAUUACUUUUUGAUUUGUUUUACGGCCUAUUUAAAAAAAAAUACCUAUUAUGCAGCUGUGUGUCGGGUUGUUGGGCUGGAUAUGUUGAAGGUUGCUUGCGUUUGUACGAGACGCUC